CAAAAUAAUGUAAAGUAGAUCUUCCUGCGCGAAGCUCAGGAAGAUACUUGGCCGUUUAUAAUGCAAGUUUAUAUUUACAUAAACUUGCAAAUGACCAAACUAUCAUGUUCUUUUCUCUCAAAUACUUGCCCAUUGGUUCCUGCGCGAAGCUCUUCCUGUUUUCCUUCCACUCGCUACAGAAUGCUUUUCCUCCGAAGGCCACAGCCUUCAAAUUCAAAUCUCCCUCUCACAAGACCUUCCAUUUCCUCCUCGAAAAAUGCUCCACCAUGAGAGAACUCAAGUUACUCCACACCCAGAUCAUCCUUCAUGGACUUACCAAUGAAAACAUCACAAUGGGCAAGUUAAUUGCUUUCUGUGCCGUAGCAGACACCGGCGAUCUCCAGUAUGCGCAGCAUGUAUUCGAUAAAAUGCCUGAACCAAAUAAAUUUAUGUAUAAUAGUUUGAUAAGAGGCUACUCGAACAGCCAAGAACCAACAAAGGCCAUUGUCCUUUGCCGCCAAAUGAUCUGUUCUGGCCAUUUGCCUAACGAAUUUACUCUCCCUUUUGUUCUCAAGGCUUGUUCUUGUAAAUCGGCAUAUUGGGAAGCAGUGGUUGUUCACGGGCAGGCCAUCAGGUUGGGUAUUGGAUCCCAAGUCUGUAUGCAAAAUGCUCUUAUCAAUGCUUAUAUCGCUUGUGGGUUGAUUGGGUGUGCCAGGCAAUUGUUUGAUGAUAUUCUUGACAGGACAUUGGUUUCUUGGAAUUCAAUGAUUGGUGGGUAUUCUAGAACUGGCCGUGACAAGGAUGCAUUUGUGCUCUUUUGGGAGAUGAGAGAACUGGGGCUCGAACCAGAUGAGUUCACCUUGGUUAAUCUUCUCUCUGUUUGUUCACAAACAUGCCAUUUAAAAUUUGGAAGAUACUUGCAUACUUAUAUUGAGGUUACUGGUGUUAAGGCCGAUACAUACGUAAGAAAUGCUCUUGUUGACAUGUAUGCCAAGUGUGGGCAAUUGUACUCAGCGCAAACAAUUUUUGACCGAAUGCCUGAUAGAAAUGUGGUUUCAUGGACUUCCAUGGUUUCCGCAUAUGCUGAUAAUGGACUCAUUGAUUCAGCUUGGCAGGUUUUUUACCAGAUGCCUGUGAAGAAUGUAGUUUCUUGGAACGCUAUGAUUUCUUGUCUUGUGCGGGAAGGUCGAUGCAGGGAUGCUUUGGAUCUCUUCUCAAAGAUGAAUAUUUCAAGAGUUUUUCCUGAUGAAACUACUCUUGUUAGUGUUCUUUCAGCCUGUAGUCAUCUCGGUGAUCUGAUCACGGGAAGGAAAACCCAUAAUUACCUUUUCAGCAGCAACGUAAGCCCUGGUAUUACAUUAUAUAAUUCUCUUAUAGACAUGUAUGCAAAAUGUGGCCGAAUUGAAACUGCCUUGGAAAUCUUUUCUGAGAUGCCAGAGAAGAACUUGAUCUCGUGGAACAUUAUUAUUGGUGCAUUGGCAUUACAUGGACAUGGAUAUAAAGCAAUUGAGCUCUUCGAAAAUAUGCAAGCCAUUGGGGUCCGGCCCGAUGAGAUUACCUUCACAGGAUUGCUUUCUGCUUGUAGUCACAGUGGUCUUGUGAAAAUGGGACGACAUUACUUUGAUCAGAUGAGUCGUAUUUACAAUGUUUCAUGUGAAAUUGAGCACUAUGCUUGCAUGGUUGACUUACUUGGACGAGGGGGUCUUUUGAGAGAAGCUAUUAAGCUAAUUGGGGGGAUGCCUAUGAAGCCUGAUCAUGUGGUUUGGGGUGCUUUACUUGCUGCUUGUAGGAUUCAUGCCAAUUUAGAAAUUGGGAAGCAAAUUUUAAAGCAGAUCUUGGAGUUGAAGCCCUUUAAUGGAGGCCUUUAUGUGCUUAUGUCUAACAUAUAUUGUGAAGCUCAGAGAUGGGAAGAUGUUAAGAAGAUUAGGAUAUUGAUGAAGGAUCAGGGGAUCAAAAAGAGUACAGCCAUCAGCUUGAUUGAGAUUGAUGGCCAUGUUCAUGAAUUCAUGGUUGAAGACAAAAGAAAUGCUAUAUCAACCAGAAUUUACAUGAUGCUUGAUCAAUUAACAGAUCAUUUGAGAUCAAUAGGGUAUCAAUGUAAAUUUUCGAGCAUGUUUUUGGAUGUGGAGGGAAUUUAAUGUUCUUUAUGUCCUUGUUAUAAUUGUUGUUCUUCUUGUCCCCCCCCCCCCCCAACUCCUAAAACUUCAUUUAAUUUUAAUAUAUUGUGUAAUUUAAUAAAUUAUGAUUUUAUUUCA